AUGUUGGGAAUGUUUGCCAUGCUUUCACGCCCUCCAUCAACAUUUCGCUUCUCUGAGUCUGUUGAGUUUAUGGAAAAUGCUCGACCUGCCGGAUUCAUCAUAACGCUUCUCUACGUCAUCACAAUAUUUUCAAUCAGAUAUUUUCUUCGCAAUCGAAAGCCGUUUCAGUUAACGACUCCAUUGGCUUUGUGGAAUCUUGGUUUGGGGAUCUUCAGCGGUGUUGGUUUUUGUGUGGUCGGACAUGAAACAUUGGUGGACAUUUAUCAUAAUGGAUUUGAUUCGGCUUUUUGCAAUCCACUGGAGACAAACAUUUUGAAUGGUUGGUCCGGGUGGUAUCAGGUUCUCUUUGUGUGGAGCAAGGUGAUUGAGCUGGGAGAUACAAUUUUCAUCGUGCUAAGAAAGCGGCCAUUGAUUUUUCUACACUGGUAUCACCACAUCUUUACUCUCAACUACUGUAUCUGGUCUUACGAAACGAUGAAGGGUGUUCAUCUAUACAUUGGCCUCAUAAAUUUUGCAAUUCACUCUUUCAUGUACAGCUACUUUUUCUGCCGAGCUGCCCAAUUCCAUGUUCCAAGUUGGUUUGCCAAGUGCUUGACGAUGGCACAGAUCACUCAAUUCUUCCUCUCGAUCAGUGCACAAUUCUACGCGUAUUACCUCUAUUUAAAAUGGGAUUGUAAACAAGCCACCCACUUCCCGACCUUCUACAUCUGCCUAUUCAUGGAGUUGAGCUUUGUCGGAUUGUUUUCACGCUUUUUCUAUCUUUCUUACAUUUCUUCGCUGAAGAAAGAAAAACACCAC